GCUUUUGCGUUGCGGUGGUGGCAGCAGCGUGACAUAACCUAGCCGCUCUCUCGUCGUCGUCGUCGUCGUGGUGGUUUACGUGGCCCUUCUCCGCGAGAGGAGCGAUCGCGCCGCGAAAUCGGUCCUGCGCACGGUAACGCCGGAGCGGCAGUCCGCGAGUCUCUCGCGCGAGCUUAUCCGACAGCGACACGCGUGUUUAUCGUGAUGGCCGAGCGCGUAACGUCGAGCAUCGUGCAUGUUGGUCACCGUCGGGCCGCGAAGUCACUCUAGUUCCGCGGGCCCACCGAGCUAGUAGGUGGAAAAAAAGUCCAACGUAGUUGCUCGCCGUCGCGUCGGGCGCGGUGGACGUUCGUGCCGCGGGGGAGUGUCGUCGCCGUCGCCGUCGCCGUCGCCGUGCCGUGGGUGUGUAUUUACACGGUGCGCAAUUCCGCGGUCGUGGGCUCGAGCGAGAGAGAGACGGGACGGGGUGAGCGAGCGAGAGAGACGGAGCGCGAGCGAGCGUACCGAGUAUCGCGCGAGCGUCGAAAGUAACGAGUCAUCUACCGAUCCAAGAUGGCAGAAGGCCAGCAGGAGGGUGGUCCGAAGAAGAUCACCAUCAACGUGAAAACUCCCAAGGAGAAGCAGAGCGUGGAGAUCGAGGAGAAUGCGACGAUAAAGGAAUUUAAGGAGGCGGUCUCCAAGAAGUUCAACGCACAGGCCGAUCAGCUGUGCCUCAUCUUCGCCGGGAAGAUCAUGAAGGACCACGAGACCCUCAGCACGCACAACAUCAAGGACGGUCUGGCGGUGCACCUGGUGAUCAAGGCACCGCGCACCAGCACACAGAAUCAGGAGUCCAAUUCGGCCCCGAGACCACAAGCCGACGUGAGUGCCAGUCCGUUUGGCUUGGGCAGCCUGGGUGGUUUGAUGGGACUGGAAUCCCUCGGUUUGGGCUCGGCUAACUUCAUAGACCUACAGCAACGCAUGCAACGAGAAUUGCUCUCGAAUCCGGAAACGAUGCGCCAAGUGCUCGACAAUCCGCUGGUGCAGAGUUUGAUGAACGAUCCGGAGAACAUGCGCAAUCUGGUCACCGCCAAUCCCCAAAUGCAAGAACUGAUGCAACGUAAUCCGGAAAUCAGUCACAUGUUGAAUAACCCUGAACUCUUACGGCAAACGAUGGAGCUGGCACGUAAUCCGUCGAUGCUGCAGGAACUUAUGCGCUCGCACGAUCGAGCUCUCUCCAAUCUGGAAAGCAUACCCGGCGGCUACAGCGCUUUACGUCGUAUGUAUCGCGACAUCCAGGAGCCCAUGCUGGCGGCUGCGACGAACGGCCGUAAUCCCUUUGCCGCUCUGGUGGAGAACAGCUCCAAUCAGGAUUUGCAGAAUCCACAGCAGGGUCAGGAGAAUCGCGAUCCAUUGCCGAAUCCGUGGGGUCAGAGCCAGAGCGACAGUGGGACGGGACAGCAGAGCCAAGGCAGAGGCCUGCUGGACUCGCCGGGCAUGCAGAGCCUCACCGCGCAGAUGAUGGAGAACCCGCAAUUGAUGCGAAACAUGCUGAACGCUCCGUACACGAGAUCCAUGCUGGAGGCGAUGGCGGCCGACCCGGCGAUAGCCACCCGGGUGAUCGCGGCGAAUCCCUUUCUUCGCGGUAAUCCGCAGAUGCAGGAACAAAUGCGCGCGAUGAUGCCCGCCUUCAUUCAACAGAUGCAGAACCCGCAGAUACAGAGCGUCGUCACCAACCCGGACGCUCUGGCUGCCAUCAUGCAGAUACAGCGCGGAAUGGAGCAGCUGCGCACCGUCGCUCCCGAACUCGUGGAAAACAUGGGCCUCACGGUCCCACCAGCGCCCACAACACCAAACACGGGCGGCACGAAUUCCAGCGUACCGACCAGCCAACCAGCGGACAGCAACCAGCAGGACGCGUUUUCCCAAUUCAUGGCACGUAUGGUUUCUGCAAUGGCAUUAAAUCAAGGUGUAGAAGUCGACGGUCAACCUGUACCUCCACCAGAGGAACGUUACAGAGCACAGUUAGAGCAACUUACGGCUAUGGGUUUUCUUAAUAGAGAUGCUAAUCUACAAGCGUUAAUCGCCACGUUCGGAGACAUAAACGCUGCCGUUGAGAGACUACUCUCCAAUGGACAAGUGUCUAUGAGCUAACCACCAAUCCGCAAUACUGUUAUUCCAAUAUUACCUUUAAUUUUAUCCUUAUUUACCUCUCACGUUGACACGCGUGAGAGAUACUUGAGGUAACUGGCUGUCAAAAAUUAUAAACUUAUAUCCUCCCUCCCUCUUCUACUCCCCUUUUCUCAGUCUUGACGGAAUACACGCUACUCAUUCGUUCAAUUUGCAGUUUUUCUUAUUUAGAGUCAGAUUUGUCUGUAUUUUAGACGAUAGGUAGAGAAAUGUCGAUGGUACGGCCAUUACUACUCGUUUCGCGAUCAGUUGUUUACACACACACAUACACACACACGUACACACUUUGUCGAAUCUCUGUUCUUGGUUCUUCGUCCGUGUAUCCUCUUCGAUGUGCUCCAUGUACAAUGAAUUUCUUAUACCCGUCGGAAUCACAGAAAAUCGCGCUGUAGCUACGUUGAUGUGAAUUUCUUUACGAGCGUUAAUUACGAGUAGACAAUGAUAAUCACGACAGUUCAUUGCCGCAUAAUAUCUUUACGACGUUUCUUAGGAGCAUGAACGCGGAACCUGCAUGGAAAAUAUAGAUUGCCGCUAUAUUUAACGAAAUCGCUUUCUCGGCUUCGUCGAUCGAUCGAGAGUGUAUUCGCAAGUACAGUCAAUCAUCCCUUUUGCUUUCAAAUGUCCUGAAUACUUGUAAUCUUGUAGCGAGAGACAUGUUAUUUGUACGUUCUCAAUAAAGGAACGAUCGAACUCCGUUGAAAUCCAUUGAGAAUGAGUGUAACGCUUUCUGGUGCACAGAUUUCGUAACCAUUUUAUGUAAUAUAUUAUAUAUAUAUAUAUAUAUUUAUAUACAUGUAUAAUAUAUUAUGUAGAAAAGUAUAUGUGUGUAAAACGCACACGUAUAUGUUAUACGUAAACGAGAUAUACGUUCAAGUAUCGACGAGAUCCGCGUUGUAUUCGAGGAGCACGGUUUGACGAUCCGUUCUACAAAUACGGUUUCCAUGUAAGUUUUAUAUAGAUACCGAGCAUAAAAUAAGCAACAACGGCUUUCUUUAACUCGCGUACCGAUGUGCACUGUAUCUUUGUUGGUUUAAUUUCGAUCGUAGGAUAAAGACUAUUAUAAUUAAGCGUUAUAUGUCUUGUAAUACAAAUUUAGAAAUUUGUAGCGUGAUAAUUGAGAAGCAUACGGCAUACAACAUGUUUAUAGAGGACCGCGCCGCGUCCGAUGGGAGAUCGAACGCCCCACAUGUGAGACAUGUGAGCUCGAGAGAGAGAGGAAAGGAAGAAAACACCUAAUCGUCGGUUAGCCCUAAGACAUAAGGAUAAAAAGGAAAAAAAGAUGUAUGUUGUAAAUUAUCUUUAUCGGAGAAAAACAGUUAUAUAUAUACAUAUAUAUAUAUAAUUUUAAUAUUUUUGAUUGAUGUACGAUUACGAUAAAUAUCCAUGCGCAUUAUAUUAUCGUUUACGUGUAUUCAUUAUACUUCACCGAAGGACAGGACAGGACACUCUGCUGUAAAAACAAAGCGACUAUAUUACGAAAUAAAGUUACGGUUGAUUCAUA